AUGGUUAUGCUUUCCAACAAGCUUGAGUAUCUGGCAAAGAAGAACAUAAAGUUUCUGAGUAAGAGAGAGAAAACAAAGGACAAGUCAAAGAAGCCAAGCUUCAACACAAGGAAAUUCAGAAAGCAGAUCAAAAAGAGUUUAAUGGAAACAUGGAAAGAUUUAGACAGUGAUUCAGACUCUGAAAAGGAAGAUUCUGAAGAAGAUGCUAAAGUAGUUGUUGGGUUAGUGGCUACUGUGAAUUCAGAAGCAGAUUCUAAUUCAGAUUCUGAAGAUGAAAAUGAAAUAUGUCUAAGAGCAAAAGUCACUGAAGACAUUUCAGAACCUGAUCAGAAAGCUGAAUCUGAAGAAAGUCCAAAAGCUAAACCCACAGAAGCUGAACCAUCCUCAGAAGCACAAAAUGAAAAUGCUUCUGAUGAAACUCAAGAUGACACUAAGCAAGCGAUUGCCUCAGGUGAUCAGGUGCAGCCUGUUGCUGAAGGAAGCUUGGUUGACAAUCCUAGCAAUUUCAGACUGGAAUUUAGGAAUUGCUUCCCUCGUGAUAUCUCAAAUAAACUCCUACUAGAAUUAUCACCAGCUGUCUUAGAUAUGAACUUAAUAUCAUGUAGGACACAGGGUUCAAACGAAGAUGAGGAAAGGCUGCAGAAAAAUAUGUCUGAAGGAGAACAGACAAGAACUGGACUUGCCUUCACAGCUGAAACACUGGAUCAUGCAGAUAUUGGGACAUCUUAUACUUUUAACAUGGAUUUGUGUAUAUCAUAA